CUCAUCACCAGAAAACCAAUAGUUGCGCUCGAGUCCACCAUCAUCACCCAUGGCAUGCCCCACCCCACAAACCUCGACACCGCGCUCUCUGUCGAGCGUAACGUCGCUUCUACGGGCGCGGUACCCGCGACCAUAGGUCUGAUUGGCGGACGGAUUAAGUAUGGACUCGAGCGCGGGGAGCUUGAGUAUUUGGCUGAUACGACGACGGAGUCUGUUAAGCUUUCGAGGAGGGAUUUGGCGGCUGCUAUGGCGUUGAAGAGGGAUGGGGGGACGACUUGUAGUACGACGCUUAUACUCGCUGCGUUGGCGGGGAUAAAGGUGUUUGCUACAGGAGGACUCGGUGGUGUACAUCGCGGAGGAGAGAACUCUAUGGAUGUCUCUGCGGACCUGCUAGAGCUAAGUAGGAGCCCCGUCGGACUCGUCUCAGCUGGCGUUAAAUCCAUCCUGGACAUUGGAAGGACGCUCGAAUAUCUGGAAACCAUUGGAGUGCCCGUCUUCACCUACGGCAAGACGAACGACUUCCCCGCCUUCUACAGUCGUCGAAGCGGGUUCAAGAGUCCAUGGCGGCUAGACGACCCGCAAACGGCUGCCCAAGUCCUACUGACCCAUGACAAGCUCAACAUCAACACCGGCGUCCUCUUCGGCGUCCCCAUCCCCGAAACCUACGAAGCCAUCGGCGAACGCAUCCAAGAAGCCGUCGAACAGGCCGUCGCAGAAUCCGAAGGGAACGGGAUGGCCAAGCGCGGGAAGGAGGCCACUCCGUGGUUGCUGAAACGUGUCGGCGAGCUUACGGAGGGGAAGUCUCUCGCUAGCAAUAUUGCGUUGAUUGAGAAUACGGCGUUGGUGGGUGGACGGAUCGCGGUGGAGCAUGCGAAGCUUAUUGCUGAGCAGGAUGAGACGAGAGGAUCGAAUACCUACUCUGUCCCUGGGCUCAAUUCCUCAGACAGCCUUCCGCUUCCAGUGACGGUCCCGACAUCUAUAACAUCAACUACAACUUCCACCUCCUCGGCCUCAAGUCCUCUCCCCUUACCUCCAGCCAAGCUCGUAGUCAUCGGUUCAGCCGCAAUCGACAUCACAGCCCAGGUAUCGCCCACAGUCGACCCAACGGGCACCAAAGGUCUAUACUCCACCUCCCCCGGGCGCGUCUCGCUUUCUCUGGGUGGUGUAGGGCGUAAUGUAGCAGAGGCGGCACAUCGCGUGCUUUCUUCGUUCUCUUCGUCUUCGUCACUUUCUUCGGCUACUAACUCAGAGUCAAAGGAGGAGGCAACGGUGCUGGUUUCGGCUGUGGGUAAGGACUCGUUUGGGAGGUUGUUGGUCGAUGAGAUGGGUAGGAUGGGGAUGAGAACCGAUGGGCUGUUGGCCGCCGAUCAGAAUGAGAGCGAAGUUGAGGCUGACGAUGGACGGACCGCGGUGUGUAAUAUGGUGUUGGACGGGAAAGGUGGGCUUGUCGGGGGUGUGGCAGAUAUGGAUAUUAUCUUGUCGUUGAAAGAGAAGGAGGUUCUCGAUCAGCUGAAAAGGCAUAGCCCUUCGGUGGUGGCUGUCGACGCUAACCUAUCCCCAAGGAUGCUCACUUCUGUCGUUCGUCACGCAAGCGAGAAUAACCUCAAUGUCUUCUACGAACCCACCUCCGUCCUCAAAUCCACCGCCAUCAUGCCCGCCAUCGCCUCAUGGCUCAAUACAAGGACAAAUACGAAUACGAACACUCCACUACGCUCUGCCCCAAUAACCUUCGCAUCC